CCGUCGGCCUGCGCUGCAGUUUUCGGUGAGCGUCGCAAAAAGUUUCUCGUUUCUGCUUUUCGGUGGCAUUAAUUUUCGCGAUAAUUCGGUGCAAAAUACUAUCGAAAUCUAAUCCAUUAUAUCGGUUCGCGUUCCGGAAGUGCCGUGCAGUAAAAUAAAAACAUGAACCGGCGCCGAGCUUACGAGGAUGAUGGCGAUUUUUACGGAGAACGGUCCCGGAAACGUCGCCGGGUGUCGGAAAACCAGGAGAUGGAAGAGCGUUUGGAGACGCUGAUUUUGAGAGUUGGUGAGAACAGUUCCUCGUCGCUGGAGUCCAACUUGGAAGGGUUAGUUUCGGUGCUGGAAUCGGAUUUGGGAAACUUUCGGAGCAAAAUUUUGCGGAUCCUGUCGGAAUGUCCGAUCAAAAUGCCGGAGAAGUGUACCAUUUAUUCGACGAUGGUUGGGCUGAUGAAUGCCAAAAACUACAAUUUUGGUGGCGAGUUCGUCGACCAUAUGGUGAAAACGUUCAAGGAGAGCUUGAAGCAAUGUCGAUGGGAUGCCGCUCGAUACGCUUUGAGAUUUCUUUCGGAUUUGGUCAAUUGUCACGUCAUCUCGACGAAUUCUUUGCUCCAAUUGUUGGACAAUAUGGUGGAUGCAGCCAAUGAGGAUUCAGUUCCGCAAGUUCGCCGAGAUUGGUAUGUGUUUGCUGUACUCUCCACUCUGCCAUGGGUUGGAAGAGAAUUGUACGAAAAGAAGGAAUCAGCAUUGGAGAAUCUUCUGGUGAGGAUUGAAGUAUUUCUGAAUAAGCGCACGAAGAAGCAUCACAAUUCUUUGAGAGUGUGGUCUGUCGAUGCUCCGCAUCCCCAAGAAGAAUAUUUGGACUGCCUUUGGGCUCAGAUCCGUAAAUUGCGCCAAGACAAUUGGGCCGAGAAGCACAUCCCAAGACCCUACCUGGCUUUCGAUUCGGUACUGUGCGAAGCUCUUCAGCACAAUCUUCCUUUGAUUCAUCCACCGCCGCAUCAGGACUCGUUUGAAUAUCCCAUGCCGUGGGUCGUUUACCGGAUGUUCGACUAUACGGAUUGUCCAGCCGGGCCCAUUCUCCCGGGAGCGCAUUCAAUCGAAAGAUUCCUCAUCGAGGAACAUUUGCACUCCAUUAUCGAAGCCCAUCAUUGGGAACGCAAGGAUUGUGCCGCCAAUCUGUUGAACCUUUCCUAUAAGGAUAAAAUCCCUCUUGAGUAUUGCAUUGUCGAGGUGAUUUUUGCGGAAUUGUUCAAGAUGCCCACGCCACGCUAUCUGGAUAUUUGCUACGGAUCGAUUUUGAUUGAACUGUGCAAGUUGCAACCGUCGAAGAUGCCGCAAGUGUUGGCCCAGGCCACGGAAAUUCUGUUCAUGAGAAUCGACUCGAUGAAUACGAGCUGUUUCGAUCGGUUCGCCAACUGGUUUUCGUACCAUUUGAGCAACUUCCAGUUCCGCUGGAGCUGGGACGAUUGGGAUAGUUGUCUGCUGCUGGAGCCGGAGCAUCCGAGGCCGAAGUUCAUCGAAGAGGUGCUGCUGAAGUGCUUGAGGCUGUCGUAUCAUGAUCGCUUCAAGGAGAUGAUGCCGGAGACUUACUCCAAGCUCAUCCCGAAGCCCCCGAUGCCGACCUAUAAGUACACGAUGGAGGGUGCCGCCUCACUACCAGGAACUGCCACUGCCCACAAAUUGGUGGUCGCUAUCCGUCAAAAGUGCACCCCGGAAGAUGUGCUGAACGAGCUGAAGGAUUUGCCCAACCCGCGGGAAACGUCCGAGAACGAUAUGGUCGAGUCGACCUUCAACCCCCUGAAGAUCGAUGUUUUCGUGCAGACACUGCUGAACCUGGGAUCGAAGAGCUUUUCCCACACGUUUGCCGCCAUUUCGAAGUUCCAUCUGGUGUUCAAGACUCUGGCUGAAACAGAGGAAGCUCAGAUCUGCAUACUGCACAACGUGUUCGAAUUGUGGGUCAACCAUCAGCAGAUGAUGGUUGUGAUCAUCGAUAAGUUGCUGAAAACUCAGAUCGUCGAAUGUUCGGCCGUAGCCACGUGGGUCUUCUCGAAGGAAAUGGUCGGCGAGUUCACCAAGAUGUACCUGUGGGAGAUUCUGCACUUAACCAUCAAAAAGAUGAAUCAACAUGUCACUAAAUUGAGCAAAGAAUUAAGCGAUGCCAAAGAACGUUUGGAUCGCAACGCUGAAUCUUCAUCGAGCGAGUCGGAAGAGGAGACAGCCCCGGCCGGCACUGACGCUGUCACUCCACAGCGUCGCCGAAAGAAGCCAAUCGGUGACAAUGCUGACAAACCCACCGAGGAACAAGUGGAACGAAUGGAGGAAAAGUUGGAAGCCGCUUACGUCGAUCAGAAGCGGCUUUUCUUGAUUAUUUUCCAACGGUUCAUCAUGAUCUUGUCCGAGCAUCUGGUCAAAUGUGACACCGAUGGGCGAGAUUACGACACCGAUUGGUACCGCUGGACGGUUGGAAGACUGCAACAGGUGUUCAUGAUGCACCACGAGCAAGUUAAAAAGUAUAGCAGCACACUGGAGAGUCUCCUGUUCACGUCCGACAUCGAUCCUCAUAUACUAGAUGUGUUCCAUCAGUUUACAGCUCUUAGAUCGUAAGAAGUUCUGACCUAGAUUUAGACCAUAAUAUAAUUACUAGAUCUAUCCCAUCAAACCAGGUAAGUGAAAGUAACAGAGUCAAAAUACGAGAAAGGUUAAAUAAAAAUACGGAAAUAUCGUGCCGGCUGAUUGUUUUAAAUAUGACUAAUCUGCAAUCAGCAAAUAAAGAGAGACAAAAAAUGUUAUGGCAUUUUAAUUGAUAGUAGAUACGAAGUUAUGUCAAUGCACUUUUUGAACAUAUAUGAACAAUCUUUAGUUGAACUGUAAUCGACAUUGA